AGGAAGUUACAAAGACAUAGCCCGAUUAAUUGCAGUGGCAAACACCUUGACACUAUGGAGUUUAUUGUGAGGAAGUAUAAGGUCAUCCACUCUGGAUUCAAGAGAGACAAAUCAAAAAACAAAAAUAAUGGCAAUUGAUUAGGAGCUGAGGAAAAGCAAAGGAAUUUUGAGUGUGAUGUUCAUGUCACAGAUCACUAACAGCUAGUGGACAGGAAUAAAAGCUAAUCCAAAAAGAUUAUUGGAAUCUUCAUCUAAAAUUGGAAUAAUGAGGAAUUGAUGCUUCAGUUGUACAGGGCCCCGAUCAGACCUCAUCUGAAGUAUAAUAAAAACAGAAAGUGCUGGAACAAUUCAGCAGGUCUGGCAACAUCUGUGGAGAGAGAAACAGAAUUAACAUUUUGAAUCCAAUAUGACUCUUCUUUGGAAGUCACCUGAAGUACUGUGUUCAAGUUUGGGUCCUGUACCUCAGGAGAGAUCUAAGCAUUAUCAGGAAACAAACAUGUCUGAGGGCCCCUCCAAGAUAUCUGGUCCCAUUCCACCAGACCCAACACUAUUCCCAGAUUUCUACCGGCGUCCAAUGUCAGCUCGGGGUCGAUUGGAAGGGAACAGUGUAAAGCUAGACUUCCUCUCAGGACCGUUAGCGCCGGAUCCCACCUUGUAUCCUUCGUGCUACAGUGCCCGCCCAUCGCAGCCAGCUCCUCGUGUGCAUUCGAAUGCCAGAGAGAUCCUGGAGAGAGGGCAAAGGGGCUCUGUUGGUGUGCUGCUGCAGCUGGAAGGAGUGUCAUUGCACCGAUCACUGUCACCAAAAAAGAAAGAGACUAGGGAUCACGAGAAGGAGAAUGUGAGACGAAUGCGUGAGAUACAGAAGAAAUGCAGGGAGAAGGACCAAGAGCGAGAGCUGAGUGGCCCCAAACCUGUGAAAGCGCUGUGGAAGUCCCAGAAAUAUGAAUCCAUUCCUUCGAAAGUGAUGGCACAGUUACAGGAGAGUUCCCCCGUCAAGCAUUCAGAGAGUCAGCAGUACCUUAAAGCACACUCAAGGUGUGGGGCUGGAGUUUGCCCAAAACGAUCCUCGUCACCAAGUCCACCAAAACCAGAGCAUUGUGCUGGAGCAGCAGAGGAUGCCAGCACAGAAAUUCAAGUCAAAGGUGUUAAUGUCGAUUUUGUCAGGCACAAUGCACAGAAUGCAAGGAGAAUGCCAGUGCGACGCUCCAAAUCUCUGCAGUCGCUCGCAGAUGUGCUGGAUAGGAAAACAAAAGAACAACAGGAAUACAUAAGCAAGAAUAAAGGACAGCUGCCGCAGUAUUUGAUUGAACGGAGGAAUCAGUGGCGAAAAGAGGCAGAGGAACGACGGAAGAAUAUCCCUGAUCCUAGCAUGCCUCCAGGCCACACUAGGAUGCCAGAGAAUGAACGUCUGGAAACACUCAAUUCCCUUCAACAAACCCAAAAGCAGUUGACCAAGCAAUUGCUGAUGUUUCCUGUACUAGUGGAUACCAUUGGCAUGCGGAAUCGACGCACCGACCUCGAGAGGAAGUUGGCAGAGAUUGAAGAAGCCAUCAAAAUCUUCUCACGGCCCAAAGUUUUCAUCAAAACCAAUGACUAAGCAGCUCCAUGAGGCUCGUAGGCUCCUAGCUGAAAGCUGCUUGAUGCCAGACACUGAACUGAGUUUAUCCUACUGGGGCCAAGACAAACCUUGAUUUCAGGGUCUGUUGCUCACUUUUUCUACAGACGUGUAAAUAAAUAAACUGUCAGAUUUUUAUUAUCAAUAUAAUUAAAUAUUAAUUUUGUAAUAGUGAUGCUUUUUCAAUAAAUUUAUUAACUUUUGAAACAAAGA